CUGUGAAGACGUGCGCCCCAAGGCUAGAGCUGAAAAGAGGCUUGGGGCCGGGUGAGCCUUCCAGGCAGGGUCUGCCUCCAAGUGAUGCUCCCCGAGGGUGGGGGGCAUAGGGAUGGAACCCAGCCAGGUGGGAGCCUGGGCCCUGCCCAGCCUCAAAGCUUCAAGCUCAGGAAAUCCGGAGGCAGGGGAGGGGGACAUCGUUGCCACAUUCCCCAGCCCUUUAAGACCCCCAAGGCAGGAAGGCUGCCCGGGCCUCACCAGCUUCCCUCACAGGCUCCUUCCUGGGAGGAAGGGGCUGCCUGUGCCCUCGAAGGCACAAGGGAGGGCAGGAGGGAGGCUCGGAAGGUGUUGCAAUCCCCAGCCCCCGGCCUGUCAGAGGCCGAGCCAUUAACGACAGAGCUCGGGGAGAGAAGCUGGACUGCAGCUGGUUUCAGGAACUUCUUUUGACGAGGAGAAGAGAAACUAAGGAGAUCAAGCAGGGGCCGGGCCAGAGGCUCCAACAUGGGGAAACUGAGGCUCGGCUUGGAAAGGUGAAGUAACUUGUCCAAGGUCACAAAGCAGCUGGUGAACAUCAAGUUGGCACUAUGGCAAGGCUGAGAACCUGCAGCCUGACUUGGGCUGCCCUGAUCAUCCUGCUGCUCCCCGGAAGUCUGGAGGAGUGCGGGCACGUCAGUGUCUCAGCCCCCAUUGUCCACCUGGGGGAUCCCAUCACAGCCUCCUGCAUCAUCAAGCAGAACUGCAGCCAUCUGGACCUGGAGCCACAGAUUCUGUGGAGACUGGGAGCAGAGCUUCAGCCCGGGGGCAGGCAGCAGCGUCUGUCUGAUGGGACCCAGCAAUCUACCAUCACCCUGCCCCACCUCAACCACACUCGGGCCUUUCUUUCCUGCUGCCUGAACUGGGGCAACAGCCUGCAGAUCCUGGACCAGGUUGAGCUGCGUGCAGGCUACCCUCCAGCCAUACCCCGCAACCUCUCCUGCCUCAUGAACCUCACAACCAGCAGCCUCAUCUGCCAGUGGGAGCCAGGACCUGAGACCCACCUACCCACCAGCUUCACUCUGAAGAGCUUCAAGAGCCGGGGCAACUGUCAGACCCAAGGGGACUCCAUCCUGGACUGCGUGCCCGAGGACGGGCAGAGCCACUGCUCCAUCCCACGCAGACACCUGCUGUUGUACCAGAAUAUGGGCAUCUGGGUGCAGGCGGAGAAUGCGCUGGGGACCAGCAUGUCCCCACAACUGUGCCUUCAGCCCAUGGACGUUGUGAAACUGGAGCCCCCCAUGCUGCGGACCAUGGACCCCAGCCCUGAAGCGGCCCCUCCCCAGGCAGGCUGCCUACAGUUGUGCUGGGAGCCAUGGCAGCCAGCCCUGCACAUAAAUCAGAAGUGUGAGCUGCGCCAUAAGCCGCAGAGUGGAGAAGCCAGCUGGGCACUGGUGGGCCCCCUGCCAUUGGAGGCCCUUCGGUAUGAGCUCUGUGGGCUCCUACCAGCCACGGCCUACACCCUGCAGAUACGCUGCAUCCGCUGGCCCCUGCCUGGCCACUGGAGCGACUGGAGUCCCAGCCUGGAGCUGAGAACUACUGAACGGGCCCCCACUGUCAGACUGAACACAUGGUGGCGGCAGAGGCAGCUGGACCCCAGGACAGUGCAGCUGUUCUGGAAGCCAGUGCCCCUGGAGGAAGACAGCGGACAGAUCCAAGGUUAUGUGGUUUCUUGGAGACCCUCAGGCCAGGCUGGGGCCAUCCUGCCCCUCUGCAACACCACAGAGCUCAGCUGCACCUUCCCCCUGCCUUCAGAAGCCCAGGAGGUGGCCCUUGUGGCCUAUAACUCAGCCGGGACCUCCCGUCCCACCCCGGUGGUCUUCUCAGAGAGCAGAGGCCCAGCCCUGACCAGACUCCAUGCCAUGGCCCAAGACCCUCACAGCCUCUGGGUGGGCUGGGAGCCCCCCAGUCCAUGGCCUCAGGGCUAUGUGAUUGAGUGGGGACUGAGCCCCCCCAGCACGAGCAAUAGCAACAAGACCUGGAGGAUGGAACAGAAUGGGAGCGCCACGGGGUUUCUGCUGCAGGAGAACAUCAGGCCCUUUCAGCUCUAUGAGAUCACUGUGACUCCCUUGUACCAGGACGCCAUGGGACCCUCCCAGCAUGUCUAUGCCUACUCCCAAGAAAUGGCCCCCUGCCAUGCCCCAGAGCUGCAUCUAAAGCACAUUGGCAAGACCUGGGCACAGCUGGAGUGGGUGCCUGAGCCCCCUGAGCUGGGGAAGAGCCCCCUUACCCACUACACCAUCUUCUGGACCAAUACUCAAAACCAGUCGUUCUCCACCAUCCUGAAUGCCUCUUCCCAUGGCUUUGUCCUCCAUGGCCUGGAGCCCGCCAGUCUGUAUCACAUUCACCUCAUGGCUGCCAGCCAGGCCGGGGCCACCAACAGUACAGUCCUCACCCUGAUGACCUUGAUCCCAGAGGGAUCCGAGCUACACAUCCUCCUGGGCCUGUUCGGCCUCCUGCUCUUGCUCUCCUGCCUCUGUGGAACUGCCUGGCUCUGCUGCAGCCCCAGCAGGAAGAAUCCCCUCUGGCCAAGUGUCCCAGACCCAGCUCACAGCAGCCUGGGCUCCUGGGUGCCCACUAUCAUGGAAGAGGAGGCCUUCCAGCUGCCCGGCCUCGGCAUGCCACCCAUCACCAAGCUCACAGUGCUGGAGGAGGACGAGAAGAAGCCACUGCCCUGGGAGUCCCAUAACAGCUCAGAGACCUGUGGCCUCCCCACUCUGGUCCAGACCUAUGUGCUCCAGGGGGACCCAAGAGCAGCUCCCACCCAGCCCCAAUCCCAGUCCGGCACCAGCGAUCAGGUCCUCUACGGGCAGCUGCUGGGCAGCCCCACAAGCCCAGGGCCAGGGCACUAUCUCCGCUGCGACUCCACUCAGCCCCUCUUGGCGGGCCUCACCCCCAGCCCCAAGUCCUAUGAGAACCUCUGGUUCCAGGCCAGCCCCCUGGGGACCCUGGUAACCCCAGCCCCAAGCCAGGAGGACGACUGUGUCUUUGGGCCACUGCUCGACUUCCCCCUCCUGCAGGGGAUCCGGGUCCAUGGGGUGGAGGGGCUAGAGAGCUUCUAGGGCUUCCUGGGGUUCCCUUCUUGGGCCUGCCUCUUAAAGGCCUGAGCUAGCUGGAGGAGAGGGGAGGGUCCAGAAGCCCAUGACUAAAAACUACCCCAGCCCAGGUUCUCCCCAUCUCCAGCCACCAGCAUCCCCUCUCCCGCCAGUCUCCAUAGGCUGGGCCUCCCAGGCAAUCUUCAUACUUUAAGGACCAGAUCAUGCUCCAUCCGGCCCCACCCAAUGGCCUUUUGUACUUGUUUCCUAUAACUUCACUAUUGUAAACUAGCUUUUGGUUUGGAGUUUUUGUUAUUGUUUAUAGACACUCUUGGGUGUA